AUGUUUAGAUUAGUCAGACAAAGAACGACAGGGAAUGCAUGUAGAUACCAAUCAACUACUGCAUCUCGUUACAUCCGUGCCAAACCGAGGGCAAUAGAUAUGUUUCGUACACCAACAUUCAAAUCAAUAGUGCUUACCCUUGUAUUCUGCUCUAUUGUUGUCGAUGUGACUAAAACAAGAAAGGAGUUGGAAGGGUUGAACAACUCGUACAACUCCAAAUUUGAAUUGUUAAAUGAUAUAAUUGACAAAUUAAAUGCUAAUCAACCUAUCGAUUUAGCCAAAGAGUUGAAAAUGGCUAAUUUAUUGACUAAGCACAAGUACAAGUCAGUGGUUGAUAUUGAACUUGACGAGCAGUUGGAAGAUAUGUUCAAGGAGUUGCAAGAAGAAGCAGAGCAAGAGCCAGUGCAACAGCAGGCACCAGAACAAGAGCAACAGCAACCCGAAGGUAAACCAAAGAAGAAUACAAACAAAUUCUUAUAA